AUGUCCGCUAGAGCAUUCUCUACCUCCCCUAUCGCUAUGAGAACAGAAAAGGAUGCGUUCGGUGAUAUCGAAGUUCCAGAUGAUAAGUACUGGGGUGCGCAAACCCAAAGAUCGUACCAGAACUUCAAGAUCGGUGGCACUAGAGAAAGAAUGCCAGAACCAGUCAUCAAGUCUUUCGGUAUCCUGAAGAAGGCUGCCGCCAAGGUCAACACCGAGUUAGGUGCUCUCGACCCAAAGUUGUCCCAGGCUAUACAACAGGCUGCCACUGAAGUUUACGAAGGUAAGUUGAUGGAGCACUUCCCAUUAGUUGUCUUCCAAACCGGGUCCGGUACCCAAUCCAACAUGAACGCCAACGAGGUCAUCUCUAACAGAGCCAUCGAAAUCUUGGGCGGCACUCUCGGCUCCAAGACCCCUGUCCACCCUAAUGACCAUGUGAACAUGUCCCAAUCUUCCAACGAUACCUUCCCUACUGUCAUGCACAUUGCUGCCGUCACCGAAAUCUCAUCCCACUUGUUGCCUGAAUUGACGGCUUUAAGAGAUGCUCUUCAAAAGAAGUCUGACGAAUUCAAGGACAUCAUCAAGAUCGGUAGAACCCACUUGCAAGAUGCCACUCCUUUGACCUUGGGUCAAGAAUUCUCCGGUUACGUCCAACAAUGUACCAACGGUAUCAAGAGGAUCGAAAUCGCUUUAGAACACUUGAGAUUCUUGGCACAAGGUGGUACCGCUGUUGGUACCGGUUUGAACACCAGAAUAGGUUUCCCAGAAAAAGUUGCUGAAGAAGUCACCAAGUUGACUGGCCUCCAAUUCUACACCGCUCCAAACAAAUUCGAAGCCUUAGCUGCUCACGACGCUGUCGUGGAAAUGUCCGGAGCCUUGAACACAGUUGCCGCUUCUUUGUUCAAGAUCGGCCAAGAUAUCAGAUACUUAGGUUCCGGCCCAAGAUGUGGUUACGGCGAAUUGUCCUUGCCAGAAAACGAACCAGGUUCUUCCAUCAUGCCAGGUAAGGUCAACCCAACGCAAAACGAAGCUUUGACCAUGGUCUGUACCCAAGUCUUUGGUAAUAACGCUGCCAUCACUUUUGCAGGUGCUUCCGGUCAAUUCGAAUUGAAUGUCUUCAAGCCAGUUUUGAUUUCCAACUUAUUGUCCUCCAUCAGACUUUUGGGUGACGCUUCAAACUCCUUCAGAAUCCACUGUGUAGAAGGUAUUGUUGCCAACAAGGACAAGAUUGACAAGCUUUUGCAUGAAUCCUUGAUGUUGGUCACCGCUUUGAACCCUCACAUCGGUUAUGACAAGGCCUCCAAGAUCGCCAAGAACGCUCACCACAAGGGUUUGACCUUGAAGCAAUCUGCAUUGGAAUUAGGUUAUUUGACCGAAGAACAAUUCAAUGAAUGGGUUAGACCAGAAAACAUGAUCGGUCCUAAAUAA